AUGGAGGUGGCCAGUCGCUUUUUGUCUCUACAAUCUGGCCCCUUCCGGCCUCGAUGCCGGCCCUACCAACGGAGUCUUUCCACUCUUCCUUUGACAGGUCCGGCCGUGUUCAGUCUGCUGUUGCCCGUCUUCAUUGAGCGCUUCACGUGGAACGUCACGCUCCUCUUAUUGGCCAGCUUUCAGCUGCACGUCUGUCUGUUCGGCGCCCUCUUCCACUGGCAGACGUCGAGUCCGUCCGCGCCACCUCCGGCUCCGGGUCCGGGUUCGAGUCCCGGUCUGGGUGUGGGUCCGUCGGGCGCCGACGGUGUCGACCAGUGCCGUCUGCGUCAGAAGCGGCCGCUCGACUCGAUCAUCGGCUGCGAUCUGCCGCACGGCUCGUCGAUCGGCAUUCUGCCCGCUCUGCCGUCGUCCGGCAGCCAGCUCAGUCUGUCCGGUCCGCUGCGUUUCGUCCAGCCGAGCCAAGGGCCGGUCUGUCUGCCGGUCGACGUGUUCGGCUCCACGGCUCUGCUCAACAGUUGCCUGACGCUCAACGAGAUGCUGCGUCCGCAGGCCAUCAACAACAUGCUGGGCAGCAUCGGCUCUUUCCUCAUCUUCGCCGAGCUCGAGCGCCAGAUCCCGGCCGAGCUGCGCGCCAGCCGAGCCACGCUGCGACGCCGAGGCAACGGCCGCCUCAUCGCCUACCUCGUCGGGGUCACGCUGUUCUCGUUCACUUCCAUGCCGCCCAUCGCCUACCUCUUCGACCGGCUCCGGCAACAGGGCUUCGAGGACACGACCAUCUCGGUUGUCAGCUCGUUGGGCGGCCUCUUCAGUGCUCUCUCGCGACUCUCCACCGGCCUGCUGGCCGGCAUGCUCAAGGUCGACAUGUUCCAUCUAUCCAUUUGUUAUGCCGCCAUUCUGGCGGUUAGCAACGUCACUUCGGCCUUCAUGUACACCGGAUGGCAGCACAGCAUGUACGCCGCCAUCUACGGAUGGUGCACGGGUCAGUCAAGCGUGACGUGCUCCGAGGGAGGCGGAGUAGAGCGGACUCGGCCAGAGGGCGAUUGGGAUAGUUGUCAAUCGGUAGUCGACAUGCGUAAAAAGUGGCGGAAAUAG